AUGCGGGGGGCUCCUUCGCCCUGGUCGGUGCGGCCGCCGCUGCUGCUGCUGCUGGUGCUGGGCUGCGGGCCGCGGGCGGCCGCCGGCGGCGGGGCCGGAGCGGCGGCGGGAUACGCGCCGGUGAAGUACGUGCAGCCCAUGCACAAGGGACCCGUGGGGCCGCCCUUCCGCGAGGGCAAGGGCCAGUACCUGGAAAUGCCUCUACCGCUGCUGCCGAUGGAUCUGAAAGGAGAGCCUGGCCCCCCUGGGAAGCCCGGGCCUCGGGGGCCCCCCGGCCCUCCUGGCUUCCCAGGCAAACCAGGCACCGGGAAGCCCGGGCUCCACGGGCAGCCUGGCCCCGCCGGCCCCCCUGGCUUCUCCCGGAUGGGCAAGGCCGGGCCCCCGGGGCUCCCGGGCAAGGUUGGGCCACCAGGACAGCCAGGGCUCCGGGGGGAGCCAGGCAUCCGAGGGGACCAGGGCCUCCGAGGCCCCCCAGGGCCCCCUGGCCUCCCUGGACCCACAGGCAUUGCUGUUCCUGGGAAGCCAGGCCCUCAGGGGGUCCCAGGGCCCCCGGGAUUUGGGGGGGAGCCAGGGCCCCAGGGGGAGCCUGGGCCCCCAGGUGAUCGAGGUCUGAAAGGGGAUAAUGGGGUGGGCCAACCAGGGUUGCCUGGGGCCCCGGGGCAGGGGGGUGCCCCUGGACCCCCCGGCCUCCCCGGUCCAGCUGGCUUGGGCAAACCAGGUUUGGAUGGGCUCCCUGGGGCCCCUGGAGAUAAGGGUGCAUCUGGCCCUCCCGGGGUGCCAGGGCCCAGGGGGGAGCCAGGGGCAUUGGGCCCCAAAGGGCCCCCCGGGAUGGAUGGGGUGGGGAUUCCAGGGUCAGCGGGAGUGCCAGGGCUACAGGGCCCAGCGGGGGCCAAAGGGGAACCGGGGACCCGGGGCCCCCCUGGCCUGAUAGGCCCCACUGGCUACGGGAUGCCAGGACUGCCAGGCCUCAAGGGGGACAAGGGCCAGGCUGGGGUCCCAGGGCUCUUGGGGGACAGGGGUGAGCCGGGUGAGGAUGGGGAACCAGGGGAGCAGGGCCCUCAAGGCCUUGGGGGCCCCCCCGGACUUCCGGGGUCUGCAGGGCUCCCUGGAAGACGUGGGCUCCCUGGGCCUAAGGGGGAGGCAGGGCCCGGAGGCCCCCCGGGGUUGCCUGGCAUUCGGGGUGACCAGGGGCCCAAUGGCCUGGCUGGGAAACCUGGGCUCCCGGGGGAGAGGGGGCUUCCAGGGGGCCAUGGACCCCCUGGGCCGACUGGGCCCAAGGGCGAGCAGGGCUUCCCGGGCCGCCCUGGGGGGCCGGGGGUGGCAGGAGCCCUGGGGCAGAAGGGUGACUUGGGGCUCCCCGGGCAGCCCGGCCUGAGAGGCCCCUCAGGAAUCCCAGGACUGCAGGGCCCCGCCGGCCCCGUCGGGCCCCAGGGUCUGCCAGGCCUCAAGGGCGAACCGGGCCUGCCAGGGCCCCCCGGAGAGGGCAACGUGGGGGAGCCUGGCGUGGCUGGGCCAACGGGGCCCCCCGGGGUCCCAGGUUCCCCAGGACUCACAGGCCCUCCGGGGCCUCCGGGGCCUCCGGGCCCCCCUGGCGCCCCGGGGGCCUUCGACGAGACUGGCAUCGCGGGCCUGCACCUGCCCAACGGCGGCGUGGAGGGCGCCGUGCUGGGCAAGGGCGGCAAGCCGCAGUUCGGGCUGGGCGAGCUGGCGGCCCAGGCCACGCCGGCCUUCACCGCGGUGCUCACCUCGCCCUUCCCGGCCUCCGGCAUGCCCGUGAGGUUCGACCGGACCCUCUACAACGGCCACAGCGGCUACAACCCGGCCACCGGCAUCUUCACCUGCCCCGUGGGCGGCGUCUACUACUUCGCCUACCACGUGCACGUCAAGGGCACCAGCGUGUGGGUGGCGCUCUACAAGAACAACGUGCCCGCCACCUACACCUACGACGAGUACAAGAAGGGCUACCUGGACCAGGCGUCCGGCGGCGCGGUGCUGCAGCUGCAGCCCAGCGACCAGGUGUGGGUGCAGAUGCCCUCGGACCAGGCCAACGGCCUCUACUCCACCGAGUACAUCCACUCCUCCUUUUCAGGGUUCCUGCUCUGCCCCACAUAA